AUCUGGUCAAGCGCUUGAUUUGCUUGCAGCCCUAAACCGUAUCAACAUGCUACUUUGGUUCACCAAAUAAGUAAAUAACCAUUGCUAUCGAACCGAAAGACCGUACCGGUCCAAACCUCCAAUACCACAUCCGGUUGACUCCCCAACCGGACUACAACCCGAGUUAAAAAACUGAGCCGAUUCUUUUCACGGUUUUACAGUUUUACCCCCGCGGACAGCUCAUACCUUCAUCUUCCUCCUCCCUUCCAUCUUGCUUUCAUAAAUGACACUGCAAACUCACUUAGCUGUCCCGCAUUUAUCUCUCAGUUUCGCGCGCUCGCUUCGUCUCUCACUAUGUAGUCAGAAGAAUGCAGCCAUAAGUCUGUCUCUCUUUUUUUAAUUCAUCCAUUGGGCGAUUCUGCGAAGCUUUCUCCAUUAUUUAGGUAUUUUACACACAUUCUUUCUCUCUGAUCCCGGGAGAACCCAAAAACGAGAAGGGCGAAAGAGUAAUCGAAAUAAGCUGAAAUGGUGAAAACCAACUUAUUGGUCUCUCUCAUCUCUGUCCUCUCACUGCUCUGCUCGUCCACGGCCGACGACCCCUACCGCUUCUUUACCUGGAACGUCACCUACGGUGACAUUUGGCCCCUCGGCGUGAAGCAGCAGGGUAUAUUGAUCAAUGGGCAAUUUCCAGGGCCUCAGAUCGAGGCUGUAACCAACGAUAAUCUCAUAAUCAACGUCUAUAACAGCCUCCCCGAGCCAUUCCUCAUCUCCUGGAAUGGCUUGCUGCAGAGGAAGAACUCUUGGCAGGAUGGAGUUUAUGGCACCAACUGCCCAAUUCCACCAGGGAAUAACUUCACAUAUAUUUUGCAAGUCAAGGAUCAGAUUGGUAGCUACUUCUACUUCCCCUCCCUCGCCUUUCACAAGGCCGCCGGUGGCUUUGGUGGUAUUAGGAUUCUUAGCCGUCCCCUCAUUCCUGUUCCAUUUGAUCCUCCCACUGGUGAUUUCACCUUGUUGGUUGGUGACUGGUACAAGGCUAAUCACACUGACCUGAAAACAACACUAGAUAAUGGUCAGAUGCUCCCCUUUCCUGAUAGUCUCCUCAUAAAUGGGCGUGGGUGGAAUGGUAACACAUUCACUGUACAGCAAGGCAAAACAUACAGGUUCAGAAUAUCCAAUGUAGGCCUCAUGAACUGUGUCAACAUAAGGUUUCAAGGGCACACCAUGUUAUUAGUCGAAGUAGAAGGAUCACACACGCUACAGAAUACCUACUCUGCGCUGGAUGUCUGCCUUGGCCAAUCUUACUCGGUCCUUGUAACUGCUAAUCAGCCCCCGGGGGACUACUACAUUGUUUCUUCAACCCGAUUUACGAACCCCGUGCUCGCCACCACUGCCAUACUUCAUUACAGCAAUUCUGCAGGGAAACCCAUAGACCCUCCACCUGGUGGUCCUACCAUUCAGAUCGACUGGUCCCUGAACCAGGCUAGAUCUAUCAGGUGGAAUUUGACGGCGAGCGGACCAAGACCUAAUCCACAAGGCUCAUACCACUAUGGGCUGAUCAACACCUCGAGGACUAUCAGGCUUGCAAAUUCUGCAGGAUCUAUUAAUGGAAAACAGAGAUAUGCUGUUAACAGUGUAUCCUUCAACCCGCCUGAUACACCAAUAAAGGUUGCCGACUACUACAAAAUUGGAGGUGUUUUCUCAUUGGGAAGCAUUCCCGAUAACCCAACCUUUGGCGGAAUGUAUCUUCAAACAUCUGUAAUGGAAGCAAAUUUUCGUGACUAUGUUGAGAUAGUUUUUGAGAACUACGAAGAUUUUGUUCAGUCCUGGCACAUUGAUGGUUACGCAUUCUGGGUUGUUGGAAUGGAUGGUGGCCAAUGGUUUCCCGCAAGCAGAAACAGCUACAACCUUAGAGAUGCAGUUUCUCGCUGCACUGUGCAGGUGUACCCAAAAUCAUGGAGUGCAAUAUACAUGCCAUUGGACAAUGUGGGCAUGUGGAACAUUAGAUCGGAAAAUUGGGCGAGGCAGUACCUCGGCCAGCAAUUUUAUCUCCGAGUCUAUUCUCCGGCGAACUCCUGGAGAGAUGAGUAUCCCAUCCCCAAGAAUGCUCUUCUUUGUGGCAAGGCUUCAGGCAGGAAGACCAGGCCACUCUGAAACCAAUCAAAAAGGUAAAAUCACCAUAACUCAGCUCGAGCUAUUAGUUUUCCACGCGGCUUAGUUCACUUUAGUUCAGUUGUUCAAACUUAUCUUCUACUUUUGUGCUAUUAAUUAUAUGUUACUGCAUUUUAGUUCAACCAGAAAUAAAAUGCAAUUCUGUAGCAGCAGAUUUAGGGUUUAUUGUUGGACUGUAUUAGAGGACAAUCAAAACAUUUGAUUUACUUCAUAUUUCUGAGGCUUUCAGAGUAAUUGAAU